CCUUACCCACCACAGAGCCACAGUGAGGGUGGGGGGUGUCCACACCAACACGGAGGUGGAGACCCACCAAGGCAAUGGCAGUGCGUGGUACACACCUCACCAAGCCCACCACCCAUAGGGUCUCACCAUGAAGCCACCAUCCCCACCGUGCCAGCCAGCGCCCUGUGACACCGCAGUGCAUUGCCCCUGGAAAAUGCCAGAGUGGUCAGAGCAUUGAGUCAUUGGUGCCAAGAUUAUCUGUGCAAACAGCCGCCCUGACUGGGGGGGGGGGGUAUUAUUAUUAUCAAUUUGUUUUAUUUUUUCUUUUUCCCCAAGAAUGUGGCUCAGCCCAUGGGGAUGAGCAGCUGAAAUCUCCGGGGAUCAGCAGGACAAUGCCAGAGCAAGCAUUGUGCUGACGGCUCUGCAAACGCUGGCACCGGCUCCCAGCCAGCAGCACCCUAUAAAAGCCGAGCCGCUGAAGUAGGCAAACAUUACAUGGGGGAAGCAGCAGUAACCGCCUGAGCUAGACACCGUUCCAGCACCAAAGAUGGCUCAGACAAACCCUCUGCCUGUCCCCAUGGGCCCAUGGAAGAUCACUGUGUACGACCAAGAGAACUUCCAGGGCAAGAGGAUGGAGUUCACCUCGGCCUGCCCGAACAUCAUGGAGUGCGGCUUCGACAACAUCCGCUCCAUGAAGGUGGAGUGCGGCGCCUGGGUGGGUUACGAGCACACCGGGUUCUGCGGGCAGCAGUUCAUCCUGGAGAGGGGAGAGUACCCGCGCUGGGACGCCUGGAGCGGCAGCAACGCCUACCACAUCGAGCGCCUCAUGUCCUUCCGCCCCGUCUGCUCCGCUAACCACAAGGAAUCCAGGAUCACCAUCUUCGAGAAGGACAACUUCAUCGGCCGCCAGUGGGAGAUCGCUGAUGACUACCCCUCGCUGCAGGCCAUGGGCUGGGCCAACAACGAAGUGGGCUCCAUGAAGAUCUCGUGUGGCGCCUGGGUUUGCUACCAGUAUCCCGGGUACCGUGGCUACCAGUACAUCCUGGAGGCCGACCACCACGGAGGAGACUACAAGCACUGGAGGGAGUGGGGCUCGCACGCCCAGACCUCCCAGAUCCAAUCCAUCAGGCGUGUCCAGCAGUAGCUCCCCACUUCCCACUACACCUUUGCAAGGUUUCUAAAGCUCAUCGGCUCCCUUUUGGUGCUAAUACUCCCCUCCCGAAAUAACCACCCCUUCUUGUACUGCAACUGCUUAUGGAACAACACACCCCAACGGUACCGACUGCCACAACUGCCAAUAAAUGUGACUGAAA